AUGAACUACAACUCCCAGCAGCUCAGGGGGCAGGGGUGGGGCCAGCCCGAAGCGGGGAGGCCAUCUAGUCCAACCUUCGCUCUCUGGACCCCGCUAGGCCUCAGUCAUCUUCUAGUCCCGAGAGCUGACUUUCUUGGCCGGCCGACGGGCGAGAUGCAAGCCGGGAAGCCUGUCCUCUACUCCUAUUUCCGAAGCUCCUGCUCGUGGAGAGUUCGAAUUGCUCUGGCGCUGAAGGGCAUUGACUAUGAGACAGUGCCCAUCAACCUCAUAAAGGAUGGCGGGCAACAGUUCUCUGAGGAUUUUCAGACCCUGAACCCCAUGAAGCAAGUGCCAGCAUUGAAGAUUGAUGGAAUCACCAUUGGCCAGUCACUGGCUAUCAUGGAGUACCUGGAAGAGACUCGGCCUAUCCCACGGCUCCUGCCUCAGGACGCACAGAAAAGAGCCAUCGUACGCAUGAUUUCUGACCUCAUCGCUAGUGGUAUCCAGCCCCUUCAGAACCUGUCUGUCCUGAAGCAAGUCGGACAGGAGAACCAGAUGCCUUGGGCCCAGAAGGCUAUUACUUCCGGUUUUACUGCCCUGGAGAAGAUUCUGCAGAGCACAGCAGGGAAGUACUGUGUAGGAGAUGAGGUGUCCAUGGCUGAUGUGUGCUUAGUGCCCCAAGUGGCAAAUGCUGAAAGGUUCAAGGUGGACCUAAGCCCCUACCCUACCAUCAUUCACAUCAACAAGGCGCUGCUGGCCUUAGAGGCUUUCCAAGUGUCUCACCCCUGUCGACAGCCUGACACACCUGCCGAACUGAGGACUUAGCUCCCAAACCAUGCCCCACUGGUACCUGAAGGGAGUAGGGCCCAGAUGCUGGGUGUCUUAGGGUUUCUACUGCUGUGGAGACACCAUGACCAUGGCAAGUCUUAAAAGAAAAACAUUUAAUUGGGUCAGGCUUACAGUUUCAGAAUUCAGUCCAUUAUCAUCAUGGUAGAAAGCAAGGCAGCAUGUAAGCAGACAUGGUGCUGCAGGGGUAGCUGAGAAUUCACAUGUGGAUCUGAAGGCAGCAGGAAGAGAAUGUGACGCUGGGCCUGGUGUGAGCAACCUGAAACUGAAAGCCCACCCCCAGUGACACAUUUCCUCCAAGAAGGCCAUACCUCCUAUUAGUGCCACUCCUAUGCGACUAUGGGGGCCAUUUUUAUUCAAACCAGAACAGGUCCAGAAAUUAGUGUGUUGUAGCAGAGGACUUGAACAUUAGCUCUAUCUGCAGGAAGCAGCAGAUUGAUGGAGUCCAGGAUAUUUCUUCCAGGUAUUAGAGUUUUCUCUAGUGAAAUGAAGCCAGUAGGAUAUAUCUUCUUUCUGCCUUAAUCCUUUUAUCGUCAUGUGUUAGGAGGGGGUAGGCAGAGACAUGACCUGCUCUAACUGCUAAUGCUAAUUGUCAAUAAAGCUAGAAUCACCAGGAAGAAGGGCCUUUCUGGAUGCUUGUGGGGGUUGGUACUGUUGGUACUGUUGAGGUGGGAAGACUCGCCCAUCAUGGAUGGUACCAUUCCCAGGACAGAGGAUCCUGGGGCCCAGAAGAGUAGAGAGAGUGGAGCCGUCACCAUGUGUGCACUAUAAUCAGCUCCCCACGCUGCUGCCUUGACUUCCCUGCCGCUAUGGCCUGUAACCUGAGACUAUGAGCUAAAAUAAACCUUCUCUCCUUUAA